UUAAUUAGCAAGAGUAAUCCAUAAUCCGGAUUGAUUUCUCGCCGGAAAAUCAGCCAAAUGGGUAACAGCUUAGGAGGAAGAAAGACGGCAAAGAUCAUGAAAAUAGACGGCGAGACCUUCAAGGUGAAGACGCCGGCGCAAGCCAUGGAGGUGACAAAGGAUUUUCCCAGCCACGUUUUGCUGGAAUCUGAAGCAGUGAAGCAUUACGGCUUCCGGGCGAAGCCAUUGGAACCGUGGCGGGAGCUCAGGCCGAGAAGGCUGUAUUUUCUGGUGGAGUUGCCGGAUGAUAAGGCGGCCAGGAGGGUGUGUUCGGGGAUAAACAUGGGCGCCAUGGAGCGGCUGGAGAGCCUGAUGCUGGCGAGGAGGUCGGCUUCGGAUCUUUCGCAGGUGAAGCCGCCGAUGGUUAUGGUGGAGGAGGCGGAGGCCGGGGCCGGGAGUGUGAGGGUGAAGGUGAGGCUGAGUAGGGAGGAGGUGGCCAGGUUGGUGGCUGAGAGUCAAGACGAGGCUGAGGCGGUUGAGAAGAUUAUGGGCCUCUGCAGGGCGGCUGACGGCGGCGAUGGCUCGGCUCACCGCCGGCAAUUAAAUUGUAAGGAGGCGGAUGGCCAUGAUGGAGCAGUGAAAGGUUGCCUGAAACCGCGCGGGAAGCGAGUUGGUUUCUCGCCGGUUAGGGAUACGGACGUCCGGUUAGUGGCAGCAUCUUAGAAGAAAAUUACCAAAAGCUCCACGUGGGUAGCUGAUUGGAUUAUUCUUAGCCACCUUUGUGUAGAGUACAUGUAAAUGCGAGUACAGGGUUUGUGACGUCUAAAAGGUUUUGGGUUUUUGUCUUCUUUAUAUUAUUGAUUCAUAAUAAAAAUAUUGAAUAAUUUGAAUGUAAAUGUCUUGUGUAUGGAGAUUUAAUGGACCCCUUAUGAGCAUCUCUUGAAAGUAUUAUUCUAAUUUAGUUUCAGAUUAAUCGGGUCUCAAUCCACUCAUAAUAUGCAAUCGAUUUUCAGUCCAAUUAAAUCUAGGGGCCAAUCCGUAACUAAAAAUUGGUUGUAAUUAAUAUAAUAAUAUUAUUUAUUAAUAAUAUAUAUAUUAAAGUAAAAAUAUUUUUAGAUUUACCACAAUUUUAUAGUUCCGAAAAUUGUAAAAAGAAAUAAAACGGCCCAUCCGAAUAAUGUCACCAAAUGGGCCAACCCGAUCCAAUGGAGACCUAUACUAUACAUUUGCUGCCUUCUCAUAAAGCGGCCACGUGUCUUCCGCUGGACGUUGAUCGAGAGCAUUCGCAGAAAAGCCAGGGUCCUGCCGGAAAAGUUAGCGCCACAGCCGGUGGGGGGGAUAAAUGGCGUCGUCGACAUUGAAGCCUGUGAGUUGCGCUCUCUAUUCAACAGGCGGAGCAAAUCAAUCGCACGUUCGUGCCCCUAACCCUAAGACGUUGAUCGCUGUGUCAGCUAUUCGUCCAGAUCAGGCCAGAAGGAAAGAAGAGGAAGAUCAGGAAGAUGUUAAACCCUUCACCAUUGCCUCGCGGAGAAAUAUGAUGCUGUGUUUGGCUUCUGCCCCGCUGAGCGGGAUGACUCUUUUCAUAAGACCUGUCGAAGCACGGGUUGGGAGGAGGCUCGAGAACAAAAGGAAGGCAAGGGAAAAGCUCGAGAUGCUUAAGGAAAAGGCUGGGAAGUUGAAACCUAAACCUGAAAACAAGGAAUAGAAGACACUUUGACCACCAUGAAAGGAGAAAAAAGCUUGCUAAAUCCCGGCCGCCUCUAGCAAUUUCCAGGUGCUAUAAGAAGCCUAGCUUGAAUGUUGAAUUCAAGUAACUGUCCCCCUCAUGACACACUGGCUACGAACAAUGUUUGAUGGCUUCUUCAAGUAUAUUAGAGCUACUCUCUGGUAGCAUUGAGUUGGAUGA